AUGUCCGGAAUCGAGAAUAAUGAUGACGAUGAUGAAAAUGGAGAUGUCUGGUGCUUAAGGCAACCCGUAACCCCCCGAACUCCAUCCAGUGGGCGUUUGGAACCUCCCACGGAAGUAGAUACUAACCGACAAAAUGGGGUCCCACAAAAUGAGUUGUUGGGUGCACAAGAUGCUCGUGUUGACUCACGUCCACACGGCGAGGGUAGUUCUGCCACUCGAUCUUUUUCUGUUUUGGCGAGCUUUAGGGAUACGCUUUCGUCUGUUUUUCACUCUCCUACUGUCACCUCAAAUUCCGACCCCAGUCUUGCUUGUCGAGUGAUUUUGUUAGAUGGUCGAGUGCUACCCUUUGGUCUCAAGCCGAACGCAGUCGGUCGGGAUCUAUUCAGCAAAGUGACAUCUUACCUAGCGUUGGAACAAGACGAUUUUUUUGGACUGACCUAUUCUCUCGCGGAUAAUCGACUCACAGAACCGGAUAAGGACCGCACAACUGGGGUUAUCAACGGAACCGCAAAUUCCCCAGGUACUUCUGCGCCCGGUGAUUCUCAAGCCCCGUGGUCGACAUCAGUCCGACCACUCUCCACCACUUUACUUGAUUCCGUACCCGAUCCCACUUCAAUUAGUCGGAGUUCACGUAGACGUCAUACACGCACCAUGAGUCAAUCUUUGCGAUUUGGCGAGCUAUGGAAACGUAAUCAUACGUAUAUGGAUGAUGUGCUGUUCUGGUUAGACCUGGAAAAGCGUAUCUCAGAGCAGUGCAAAGGACCUUCGUAUGUCUUUCAUUUCCAAGUUAAAUAUUAUUUGUCUCAUCCGGAUCGAGAUAUCUAUUGCUCCGAAGCACGGCGUCAAUAUUGCCUACAAUUGAGGCAACAUUUGUUGACCGGACGACUUCCAUGUUCUUUCAAUACACACAUUCUAUUGGGUGCUUACAUUUCACAAUUCGUCCUGGGCGAUGCACAUCCUCGACACUCGGGACUGAACGACAGUACCGGUGCUUCGAUACGAUCCUCUUUCAGUUCCCGUCGUGGUUCACGCGCGCUUUCAUUGUCCGAAGGACAGAGUCUUGGUUCGGAACGCGCGUGCAGUUUAGCUGAACCCGAACUGAGUGAUGUGGAUUGGGACGUGGCGAAUGAAAACGCUGACGGCGGUAAAUCUGGUGAAAUCGCCUGGAUCCCACAAUUACCAUCAUCACCGAUUGGUGAUGACACGGUUCGACUGAUUCGAUGCAAGUGCGCCACCCUGGCCAAUCCGGGCUGGGAGGGUGCGCGACCGUCCAUUGAUUGUUCACGCAGUGUUCGUUCGGAAUCAGCGCACUCUACCUAUUUGUCUGUUCUUCCGCAUUUGAAUAGACUCUCCCGGUCCUCCUCACGCGGGAGACCACGAGUGGGUAUUUCAGAUGGAGAUGAUGAUGUUGAUGCUAAUGGCGAUGUGAAUGGUGCUGGUUUUGAUCCGAGUGCAGCUCCGGAUAAUUGGUUUACUGCUCACCAAUUGUCCCCCGUCGAUUGGACCGAGUCCCCUGGGGCCAAUUGGCCUUACCCCAAUCCCACCGGGUACUAUUGUCCGGAAAUGCUGAAACGCAUUGCUCGGUUGCAUCGUCGAAUUCGGGGAACUCCUCGAUCUCGAGCUGAACGUCGAUUUCUUCGCGAAUCGAAAAAGUUAUCCAUGUACGGUGUCGAGCUGCAUCUUGUGAAGGUAUGA